CCGCCGUCACCGCUGAAUACGCGCGUCCCGGCACCGGGAGUUCUCUUCUACCGUCGGAUUACAGGCGAGGCAGCACGCGACAGCACCGACACCGAGCCGCCGAACGCCGAAUAAAACCCAGAAUCAGAUAACCCUUUAAUAGAGCAAUGGAUCAGUCUCCGCCCAACAGUCAGCAGUGCAGGCAGGCAGAAGCUAUUUGGCACAACCGCAGUGCCUAUGAGCAGGCGGAGAGCAACUCCUAUCGCCGACUGGCCUCCAAUAACAACGGACCGCUGGCGUCCUCUCCACGGAGCCCAAGCACCAAAGGCCACUUGACCUUCCGCUCCAGAAACACCAGCAAUAAGCAGCAGGACCCUGUCCCCAUCGUGAAGGCCUCUGGUACCCCUCACCGUCAGUCCAGUAGGGGCCGCAACCGCACGUCCUCUGAGAACGAGCAGGGCGGCAGAGGAAGCAGGGGGCCUUACCACAGGAAGAGGGUCCACUCUGAGACGCAAAGCAGACCCAAAUGGGACAAUACCAAGAUGAGUGGACUCCAGUGCCUCGCCUCAGAGAACAUCUGGUUCGACAAACAGCGCUACGAUGAGGCAGAGACACGCUUCUACGAGGGAGUCAACGGGCCCUCCACACAGCAACAGCGGGUGCAGGUGAAAACGGCCCCGCAGCCGGCCAAAGGGCGCCAUCAGAAACGGCAGCACAGAAAUUCAUCCUCACAUGCAGGAGCAGACCAGGAGCUGGUUUCACGCAUGAAGAGCCUGGAGCUGGAGAACCAGACGCUGCACAAAGUGGUGGAGCACAUGAGAGCAACCAUGCUGAAGUUAGAGUCCAGAGUAGCUUCGCUGGAAAAGACCCCUGCAACAGCAGCUGUCCCAUGUGCUAAGGCUGCUCCAGUCCAGGCUGCUCCAGCCAAGGCGGACAAUAGUGAUGAUGAAGAUGAUGACAUAGACUUGUUCGGCAGUGAUGAGGAGGAUGAUGAGGAGGCAGAACGCGUCAAGCAGGAGCGCCUGGAUGCCUAUGCAGCCAAGAAGGCCAAGAAACCCACCCUCAUUGCCAAGUCAUCGAUCCUGUUGGACGUCAAACCUUGGGACGAUGAGACAGACAUGGCGAAGCUGGAGGAGUGUGUGCGCACGGUGCAGAUAGACGGGCUCCUGUGGGGAGCAUCCAAACUGGUGCCGGUGGGCUACGGCAUCAAGAAGCUGCAGAUCGGCUGUGUGGUCGAGGACGACAAGGUUGGAACCGACAUCCUCGAGGAGGAGAUCACCAAGUUUGAGGACUUUGUCCAGAGUGUAGAUGUAGCUGCCUUCAAUAAGAUCUAAGCUCCACCUGCUCUUCAUUUGCUCCACCAAAGUGUUGCUGCUGCUGCUCCCCGCUGACACGGUUAUUAAAGCUUUGAGCACAAA